UCUGAGUUCGAAAAUUCUUUAUCCAUUUCGAAAUAGUGAAAAAUUUUCUGGCUUGACGUGUGAAAUUUACGCUUCUGAAAUCUUAAAUAUCCAAAAGUAAUUGUGGAUCCGGAAAAAAUCGUCUGAAUUUAUAUUAGAAAUAUAAUUGCAAUUGUGCUUUAUGCAAAAUGAGUGAAACUCCUCCACGGCCGACAAUAGGAGAAAUGCAGCCGCCACAGCCGGACAAUGGCCAUAGCGAACGUGAUUACCGUAGCAGGCAUGACAAUUCCGAUCGCUCCCGUUCGCGUUCGAAAGACCACCAUAGUCGAGAUGCCAGGGAAAAGGAUAAAGAUCGAGAUAGGGACAGAAAGAGAAGAGACAGGUCCCGUGAGCGUCACCGUGACCGAGAGAGUAACGACCGAGACCGUCGACAGGACAGUCGAGAAAGAGAUCGUUACAAGCGGGAUCGUGAUCGCGAACGUAACCGAGAUAGGGAUCGCGAUAGGGAAAGGGAUCGUGAUCGCGAUCGCAGAAGAGACAGCCGUGACCGUGAUCGGGAACGUAACACCCGUUCUCGUCGAAGUCAUUCUCGUAGUCACUCUCGACGUAGUCGGUCGCGAAGCAAUGAUUGUGAUGGCCGUCGAAAGCGACGUUCUCGUAGUCGGACGGAGAAACGGGAUCGGGAUCGUGGGCGUGAUCGCGGUGGGCGUUCACGUAGUCGUAGUUAUGAAGCUCGAAGACACGACCGCAGCAGCAGAGAUCGAGAUCAUAAUGAAGGCAAUGCUGUCGACUCUGAUUUUCGCAACGGUCGAGAUCAUCGCAUGGAUACAAUUAAAGAGGAACCUCGUGAAAGGGGGUUUGAUUUAACACAAACUAUUCAAGAAUUAAUGAAUAGCACCACAUCUUCAAAAAACUUUGCUGCGCUAUUUCAAUGUUCCAAUAGUAAUGAUUCUUGUAGUAAUGGACCUUCUGAAAAUUCACAAGAUGGAACUGAUCGUAAAAAGCGUAAGAGAUCACGUUGGGGUGGCACUGAAAAUGACAAGACUUUCAUACCUGGGAUGCCAACAAUCUUGCCCCCCACACUAGACUCAGCUCAACAGGAGGCAUAUUUAGUCCAACUUGAAAUUGAGGAAAUCAGCCGCAAACUACGCACUGGAGACUUGGGAAUACCGCAAAAUCCAGAAGAAAGAUCACCAUCUCCGGAACCAAUUUAUAGUUCUGAUGGCAAACGGUUGAACACCCGUGAGUUUCGUUUCCGCAAGCGUCUGGAAGAGCGUCGCCACCAAUUGAUCCAGAAAAUGCAAAGCGUUAAUCCUGAGUUUAAACCACCGGCCGAUUACAAGCCGCCAGUCACACGUGUUAGCGACAAGGUUUUAAUACCACAGGAACAACAUCCAGAUAUAAAUUUCGUUGGUUUGCUAAUUGGUCCACGUGGUAACACUCUGAAAGCGAUGGAGAAAGAAACAGGCGCUAAGAUCAUUAUUCGCGGCAAAGGUUCCGUGAAGGAAGGUAAAGUCGGUAGGAAAGAUGGUCAACCUCUGCCGGGUGAAGAUGAACCACUGCAUGCAUUCAUUACUGCACCUAAUCCGGAGGCAGUCAAAAAAGCUGUAGAUAAAAUAAAAGAUGUAAUUCGUCAAGGCAUUGAAGUUCCGGAGGGUCACAAUGAUUUGAGGCGCAUGCAAUUACGAGAGUUGGCACAGUUGAAUGGCACCUUGCGCGAGACUGAUUGUCCACGCUGCACAAAUUGCGGAUCUAGUGAGCACAAGUCUUGGUUGUGUCCCGACAAACCCAAUGUGACAAAUAGCAUUGUGUGCACUUCGUGUGGUGGAGCCGGACAUAUAUCAAAAGAUUGUCGCAGUAAGAGACCUGGUGCCGCAGGUGAAGCAACCACUGAGGACUCUCAGGCAAAAAUUGACGAGGAGUACAUGAGUUUAAUGGCGGAGUUAGGAGAGGGUCCGCCCCCAAGCGCCCAGAAAGCCACCGUUGACCCAUUAGCACAGGUGCACCUCAACCGCGGUUAUAGUCUAUUUGAUAAAAAGCCAGCUCAAACAUUGGCUAUACAAGCGCCACCGCCCACAAUCACCCAGCCGGCUCCACCACCCGCGCCUCUCAUGCACACAGGUCCACCACCACCACCCAUACCACCAGCUUGGGGAAGUGCAGCUGCCCCGAUGCCACCAUUGAUUCCGCCGCCAUGGAUAACUGCGGCACCUCCACCACCACCAGGUGGUGAGGCUUUGCCACCACCUCCUAUCCCUGGCGCUUCCUUGCCACCACCACCCCCUGGAACUGGGCCGAUGCCACCACUGCUCCCUCCACCACCGGGAACGCAAGCACCAUUGCCGCCAUGGUCUCCACCAGGACCCCCAGGCGGCUUAAUGCCACCAGGAUUCGGUGGUUGGGGCGGGCCUGGUUUCAUGCCCGCACCGCCAUGUGUACCACCACCACCACCAUGUGCGCCACCUCCUCCUGGUAUGCCUGCACUUAAUCAACCACCUCCCCCUCCGCCACCGUCUAAUUGAAAUUGGUUUGGAAAUAAUUGACUGCGAAGGUUAUUAUUAGUAUAAGCCACUCAAGUCAAUUGUCUAAGAUGAAUACCGGAUAUCCAGCAUUUU